AACGAACCCCCCCCCCCACCUAAAGUCAACCUCCGCUUCAAUUUCCCACCCCAUUCCCUCGCCCCCGAACCACCGCGCAUUAAAAGUCCAAUCCCCUCACGAAAUCCAAUCCCCCAAUCUCCAGCGCAGUCCAAUCCAACCCCCACCGGCGAGGCAACCACCCGUUGUGCUCCUCUCGCUCUCGCCGCCUCCCGCGGCGGGGAUCUCCGGGUCCCUGAGCCGGAAUCCCGCGCCGCAGCCAAGCUGAAAUCUUGGAGCGAUCGCCCCUGGAAACCCUCUGCUGAUUCUCCUCAGAAUCUGAUUCUUUUUUAAGGUGAGCUGAUCGACAGGAUUGAGGAUUGGGGUCUUCCUCGGCGUCAUUCUUUCGAUUUCUUGAGCUGGUUGGCGAGUCGGAAUGGGGCUGCAGCAGUCCAAGGAGGAGCUGCUGUACCAGCAGGUCAACUACGGCAACGUCGACGGGAUUCGGACCCUCCGGGCGCAGGGCGCAGGCCUUGAGUGGAUUGACAAGGAAGGGAAGACACCCCUGAUGGUCGCCUGCAUGCGGCCUAAUCUGCUCAAUGUCGCCAAGGUGCUGAUUGAAUUGGGAGCGAAUGUGAAUGCGUACCGGCCUGGAUCACAUUGUGGGACUGCACUGCACCAUGCUGCCAAGAAAGGACUUGAGAAGACUGUCCAUUUACUUAUCUCACAUGGAGCUAAUCCUUUUAUUACAAAUGAUAAUUGCAAUACCGCACUUGAAUUGGCAAGAGAAAAGGGCCAUGUGAAUGUUGUACGGGCCAUAGAGGGACGAAUUUCUCUAUUUUGUGGAUGGAUGAGGGAGAAUUACGCUCCUGGUUUUUUGGAAGCAUUUGCUUCACACUUCAUGACAAGAAAGAUUUGGGCGGUGGUUUUACCUCUUGAAGUGCGGAGUCCGACAAGACCUCUCAAGUUAGAGUUAGCUAUAUAUCCGGAACUGCAGGCUUCUAAACCACGUGCUGUAAUUAAACUACAGAAAUCUCAGAUUGAGGAACCAAAGCUUAAUCAGGCUGACCCUUCCAUAACCAUUUUUGAUAAAGGAACAAAAAGUCGAUACAAGCUCUUAUCGACCCAUGAAGGUAACAAACAGCAGCUUCAAUGGUUUUACAGUGCAUGUUGUGGCAUACCACAGGUUGUCAACAUGGUUGCAGUACCGCCAGCAAAUCCCCCAGUGUCAAAUCCAUUACCUGUAAGUUCAUCUUUGGCACCUUCAGAGCUAUCCACACCCAGCAAGGAGGAUGAUGAGUUAGCAAUGGCUAUUAAUGCCUCCAUCCAGUCAGCUAUAGCAGAGGGAGCGCCCAAUGUGCAGCCAACUGCAUCAACUACCAACACAAGUGGCUGGGGAAGCACUCCAAGCAACUCUCUCAAUGGAUGGGACCCAACGGAUGCUCCUGCACCUCCGAAGAUAAGUGGCCAAGCUCGGGUCGAUGCCCCAAGCAGCAGCACAUACAAUGGAUGGGACGUGCCUGGAACAAGCUCUAACCUAAGUUCAUUAGAAUCCAACAAAAGCCAAAACAACCAUCCCACUGUGAUCCCACAGGAGGCACUUCCUGCUUUUCCAGUCCCGUCUGCACCACCAUUUGCUGAAGAGACCUUUUUCAACGGCCUUGUUCAGUAUCCAUCGGUGGAUUCCACCCCUGUUGACGUAACCAUGCUAGCUACCUCCGAAGGUGGUACAGCGGCAACAUCUGUGAAAGCUGGAGAAAACGAAGCUGGUGCGAGUGGCAGCGGCAACACACCCUCCGGCACUUGUGUUAUAUGUUUGGAUGCCCCUGUGGAAGGCGCCUGCAUUCCAUGCGGUCACAUGGCUGGUUGCAUGUCCUGUUUGAAUGAUAUAGAGUCCAAGAAAUGGGGGUGCCCUAUUUGCCGUGCCACGAUUAACCAGGUUGUCCGUCUCUAUGCUGUUUGAGGUGUAGAAACGUUGGGCAUGGAAAGUUGGCGAUGGAUGGUUCUCGCUGUAAAUUUUGAUGGGAACAUCUGUAUCGAAAAGUUAUGCAAUUCGGUGAUUGUGCAGUUGUUACUGCACUGUAAAUUAUGACUUUGUUGUAAUGUGAAUUACUUGAGCUAUUAUACGGAAACUGUCAUAUGUAUAUAGUUGUUCAAGACAAUUCUGUUGCUAUUGCAGCCACGCCACUUGAAACGAAAUAAAUUUUCUACUACGUGCUGAAA